GCGCUCGCGACACACUCACUCGGGCCGCCGCCGCCGCUCAUGCCGCUCCCGACGGGCAUCGAGACCCCCGCCAAGGGCCCGUCCGUCUCUUACGCGCAGCAGGUCGCAGAGGCCAAGGCGCUGGCGUCCACGUCGCUCGACGGCGCGCUGCAGAACCUGCUGUCGCACGAAAAGACAGCGAGACUGGCGGCCGACGUCGGCGGGACGACUGAGCUCGUCAAGGCGAUGGUGAGCCUCUGCUACGACGCAAAGGACUGGGACAAGCUCAACGAGACCAUCGUGCUGCUCUCCAAGCGGCGCGCGCAGCUCAAGCAGGCGGUGACUGCGAUGGUGCAGCAGGCGUCGACGUACCUCGACGAGCUGGCCGAGGCGCGCAAGCUCUCGCUGAUCGAGACCCUGCGCAACGUCUCCGAGGGCAAGAUGUACGUCGAGGUGGAGCGGGCGCGGCUGACCCGGAUCCUCGCCGGGAUGCAAGAGGCCACGGGCGACGUCGAGGCGGCGCGCAAGACGAUGCAGGAUACCGUCGUCGAGACGCUGGGAGGGAUGGACAAGCGGGAGAAGACCGACUUCAUCCUGGAGCAGAUCCGGCUCUGUCUCGAGGUGAAGGACUUCAUCCGCGCGAACAUCGUCGCCAAGAAGAUCCAGACAAAGACCUUCAAGGACCCGGAGCUCGACGACCUCAAGAUCCGCUACUACUCGAUGAUUGUCCGCUACCAGCUGCACAACAAGAAGUGGAUGGAGGUCUUCCGCGCGUACCAGGCCACGUGGGACUCGCCCUCCGUGCAGGGGAGCGACGCCGCGGCGGACCGCUGCCUCAAGCAGCAGGUCCUCUACCUGGUGCUCUCGAAGUAUGAUAACGAGCAGUCGGACCAGAUGCACGCGCUGCAGAAGGAGAAGCGGCUCGCCAAGCUCCCCCUCUACGACUCCCUGCUCAAGGCCUUCAUCACCAAGGAGGUUUUCAAGUUCGAGGAUGUGAAGCCGGGCGUCGCCGCCGAGCUCGUGGCCAUUGGCGACUUCGACGAGGGCCAGCAGAAGGAGAUGCUCGAGACGCUGCACCGCCGCGUGACGCAGCACAACAUUCUGACGAUCGGCGGCUACUAUGCGCGGAUCCAGCUCUCGCGUCUCGCGCAGCUCCUCGCGCUCCCGCUCGACGAGGCCGAGAAGCAGCUCUGCGAGAUUGUCUCGGACAAGUCCAUCUACGCGCGCGUCGACCGGCCUGCUGGGAUUGUGCGCUUCGCCGCGACGAAGACGCCAAACGAGCUGCUCAACGACUGGUCGGACGACAUCUCGCAGCUGCUCAACACGCUCGAGUCGACCUGCCACCUCAUCCACAAGGAGAACAUGGUGCACAAGAUCUGACCGCUCGAGACCGCGGCGGACCGCUGUCCCUGUCACGAGUCCGCCAAAGCUGAGGCGCUGCACCCUGCUACUUCGAGCUUGCGGUGCGCCGCAGAGCUUGCAGUUUCUCCUGCGACGCUUCAGAGCCAACCCCCGGGGUCAGUGUAGUUUGUCUAUGACCGAUCAUAGAGAUCUCAAA